GGAGAUGCAGCCAGAGACGGGAUAAUAUCCAUAUCGCUGUACCGUUAAAUUAACAAGAAAAAGUAAUGAUGGAAUAUAUCAAAUCUGCGAAGAGAGUGUCGCAAGAACAAUAUGAGUGUUUCAAUCAAAAGCCGCUAUCAGGCUGUGUCUCUUGAAUUGACUAAGUGCGUGAAGUGCUUUUUAAUUUUCAAGUGGGUGUGUGUCUAAGCAGUGUGAAAAUGCCAAAUGAUACAGUGAUAUAAUUUUCAGUAUAAAAUCCUAAAUUGUUUCUAUCGCGACGGGCCCGAUUCUCAAGAUGGUUCUAAAUCUAACGACUCUGCUAGCGAUCACGCUGAUUGUGUUUACAGUAAAUCUUUUGACGACUUCUGAUGGAAAAAGAUCUGAACAAGUUGCAGCGAAUCAGGAGAGAUAUCAUCAUCAAGGUUUUAAUCAGCAUGCUGGACACCAUCAAAAUGGGCGAUCUCACCAUUCUGCAGGGUCUAAGAAGCAUUCGCAUUCGGGAUCAUCUGGCGCCGGUCCUUUUAUACCACUGCCAAAUGCGAAGGAGCGUAGGCCUAAUAUUAUUUUGAUCAUGACGGAUGAUCAAGAUGUCGAAUUAGGUUCCUUGAAUUUUAUGCCUCGGACGUUGCGUGCGCUAAGAGACGGCGGCGUGCAGUUCCGGCACGCCUACACCACGACUCCCAUGUGCUGCCCAAGCAGAAGUUCCAUGCUGACGGGCAUGUAUGUCCACAAUCAUCAGGUUUUCACCAACAACGACAACUGCAGCAGUCCACAGUGGCAGGCAAGUCACGAGACUCGCAGCUUCGCAACGUAUCUCUCGAAUGCUGGUUACAGAACUG